CUCUUUGAAUUUUUCUUCUAGCUCGAACUUCGAAACAGAAGAUUAACAGGAUCUGUAAUUUGAACGUUUGCGUUGAUGGCCGACAAGUCAGGAAAUACAUAUUUUUGAACAAGUGAAAAUCCAAAAGAUCCUAGAUGGCAGGAGUACUGGAGAAUAAUGGUUAUUCGUCUGGCAAUACUCGGGUGAAUGGAUCUGUUCACAUUCCAGCUCAGAACAUGGCUGGGAACAUAGGAGCACUGUAUAAUAUCCAAGGUUUAGAAGAGGCAUUGCCUGAGUGGGAACUAGGCUAUACAGUUUACGUUGAAGUCUUACAGCAUUCAAAUAGUACUGCAAAGACUGAGACCAUAUCCGAGCACGUACUGCACCUCCUACACAAACUGGGUACGACGGUGGGAGACACCAAACUUACUUCAUUUGAUGACCAUUUCCUAUCCCAGCAUGUCAUCUCGGUGGCUGUCUGUGAUACAGAGCUACAGAGUGGUCACAAGAAAACACUGAUAGAUUUCACAAAGUCCAAACUGAAAGUGAGUGUGUUCCAGCUGAAUGAAGAAGGACCUGCUGCAGAGGAACUAGAAGACGAAGAAUUCGCCGCCGCAAAUCACUGGCUUCUCCCAGCAGCUGAGAUCGAAGGCAUGUGGGAGAAUCUAAUCUUUGACAGCUCCAUCAAGUUAAAUCUUCUCAACUAUGCGUCUACCACACUCCUCUUCUCUGAUGCUAAGAUUGAUCCUAAUAUUAUCUCAUGGAACAGGGUCGUCCUCUUACAUGGUCCUCCAGGAACAGGGAAGACAUCAUUAUGUAAAGCUUUAGCACAGAAACUCUGCAUACGCCUUUCAGACAGAUAUAAAUAUGGACAACUUGUUGAAAUCAACAGCCAUAGCUUGUUCUCAAGAUGGUUUUCUGAAAGUGGUAAGCUUGUGAUGAAGAUGUUUUCUAAGAUUCAAGAGCUCGUGUCUGAUCCAGACUCACUUGUGUGCAUACUCAUAGAUGAGGUUGAAAGUCUGACAUCGGCAAGGAAGAGUGCACUGGCAGGAACUGAACCAUCAGACGCUAUCAGGGUUGUCAAUGCUCUACUAACACAGAUUGAUAUCAUCAAGAGGAACCCAAACGUAUUGAUCCUUGCUACAUCAAACAUCACAGAGGCUAUAGAUCUAGCAUUCAUAGACCGAGCUGAUAUCAAGCAGUACAUUGGACCUCCUUCAGCACAUGCUAUCUUCAUCAUCUUCACAUCCUGCCUAACUGAACUCAUGAAGAAAGGUGUGAUCAGCCCAUCACAGCACAUCUUACCUCUAGAUGCAUUAGAAGCUAUGAAGUUCAAGGAAGUAGCCGUCACCGCACCUAGUCUCUUCCUUCUAAAAAUUGCCAAGGAGAGUGUAGGUCUGAGUGGACGAACACUUAGGAAACUUCCCUUCUUGGCACAUGCUAUGUUCUUGCAAACAUCACACGUCUCGUUACCAGACUUCCUCACAGCCCUCCAACAGAUUGUCAUCAAACAAUUUGAAGAGAGAGAGAGUCUCUCAAAGGAUACAUAGCACCUCCUAGACUCCUAAAGGUAUUCAUCAAGUAGUUCAAGACAGCAGGUGUCUCAAAAGAUACAGAAUAGCUGCUUAGAGGGUGCCAUGAAGCAGUUUGGAGACAAGAGAGUCUGGCCUCUGAAAUAGUGUUACCAAGCAGUCUCAAAUGAGAGGAUACCAGCCUAUGAAAGAUUGCCAUCCAGCAAUUUGAAAAUAGAGAGAAUAUUUCAAAGGAUUAAGACCACUGUAAGAUUCUCAUGAAGCAGAGUAAAUACAGAGAGAGAGAGGGUCUUGAAGCAUACACAGUGGUCUCUGAGAGGUCCCUAUCAAGCAGAUUGAAGCAAAGAAAGACCUCAAGGGCCGCUGUCCAGUGCCUCUCAGAGGCUUCGUCAAGCAGAAGGAGAGGAGCCCAUUAAGGAAUAGUCAAUGGCCAAUUUGGUUUCUUCUUUUCAUCGAGCAACUUGAAAAUAUGGAGUCUGUUAAAAGCUUGAUAGAGGCCUGUUCCCCAUUUAUACUUCAGAUCAAACAAGGACUGCCAAAAAUCCUUUCAAAUUAAAUUAACUCAGGAAAGCUGUCUGAUGACAUGUUUAGUUCAUUUAUACUUUCAGUUGGAUUUCAAUUAUAUUUUCAGGUACUGGAAAUUGUCUGUUUUACAUGCAGUUGUUUUGGAUAAUAUGAUUAUACUUUUUGUUUAUGUAGAAAAGAAUCAAUAUUACAAGCAUCCAUGUAAAUAUGAAUUCAAGUGCUGUUGAACACUAUGGCCCAAAUUCACAAAGGAGGUUUAACUUAACCCAUGGUUUAAACCCUCAUUUACAUAACCCAUGUGUCCGCUUAUUUUGCUCUAAUUUUAGACCAUGAUUUAUGUAAAUGAAGAUUUAAACCAUGGGUUAAAUUCAAACCUCCUUUGUGAAUUUGGGCCUAUGUCUGAUCUUGUCAUUCCUUAUCAAAUAUCUAGGUCAAACAAAUCUCUAUUUGUUUUUAAACAAAUAUAUCUAAAGUGUUCUUCCAAAGAAAAUCCUCUACUUUAUAGGAUUUAUUAAUAGUGCUUGAUUUCAUCUAUCUCUGAUUUUGUUUACAUCACAAAGAGCAAGAGAGUCAUAUUUCAGAGGAGCGUGCUGCGUUAUUUAAUCAUAAGUUCCUUGAAACAUGAGCAACGAUAAGAACAUACCCAGUAUAGUUUGGUUAAUAUAGAUACAACAUUGCAACCAAAGGUCGGAGGGACCAGUUUCGUUUAGCUGCGUGUAUAUGCAUAAUUGCAUAUGAUUUGGAGAUCAAGGAAAAUAUUAC